UGACAACCAAAAAUCCUCUCACUCACUCUUCGUCUCUCUCAAUCUGUUUCUUUCUCUCUGUAUUCUUUCUGGUUUCAAUAAGGGAAAUGCAAGAGCAAACAAUGAAUUCCGUUGCAACAAGUUCUCUGCCUUCAAGCAGUGAAAGAUCUUCCAGCUCUGCUCUUCAAAUUGAGGUCAAAGAAGGUAUGGAGAGUGAUGACGAGAUCAGGAGAGUGCCGGAGAUUGGUGGAGAAGCAGCAGGCCCGUCGGCUUCCUGCCGGGACGGGGGUUCAGUUGCCGGUCCGGACCGGGUUCAGCCCUCAGCAGAGGGUCGAAGGAAGAGAGGUAAAAGCCCGGCUGACAAAGAAAACAAGCGAUUGAAGAGGUUGCUGAGGAACAGAGUUUCAGCACAACAAGCAAGAGAGAGAAAGAAGGUGUACCUAACUGAGUUGGAGGCAAGGGUUGAAGACUUGGAGAAGAAGAAUUCUGAGCUUGAAGAGAGGCUGUCCACUUCGCAAAAUGAGAACCAGAUGCUUAGACAUGCCAGAGCCGGUCAGAUGCAAGAUCCUCCCAUAAGCCGAAACCGAGCUGCGCUGGGCCGCCACUACGGAUUUAGCCAAUAA